CUCGCUUUUUAAACACUCUUUCAAGUUUAAAAGAAGUUCAACGGUUAAAAAACGCGAGACACUUGCGUUUGUGAGCUAUCGUUUUUAGCUCAUGGACAUGUUUGGCGUGAACGGCCCCUUAAACAGUCGAACAGGGACGCGCAGCGCAGUAUGUAUUUACGUUAUUCCUGCAGAAUUAACCAGCUAGUGGACGAGAAUCCCUCUUUGAGCUCACGUUGGACCAAGUGUCACAAUUGUUCCCAAACCUGUUAGUUAUUCUCUUAACCAUAAUCCCAGUUCUCCAUUCAAUGCCUAACACUGUGGAAAGUGAAGGCACCAAGGUAUCUACUAGUACUGAUCAGGAGGCCCCGUCACGGGCCCCAGGCAGAGAGGAUGAGUGCAGCUUCAUGAGCCCCUUGUCACGUGAUGCGCUGCGGGCACGACGGGCCUCCAGUGCAGAGCUCCAGCUUCCACGGACCUGCCCUGUAACACACUCCCGGGAGAAGUUCUACACUGUCUGCUCGGACUACGCAAUGCUCAACCGAGCCAGACCCAUCAUCACAUCUGAAGAUGCGCCACCGACCAGACCAGACAGCGGGACAUCAUUAGUCAAACCAAACACUGGGACCCCUUCGCAGAGUCACUCUGGGGGAAUCAGCGUGUCUUUUGAUGGCAAUUGCGAUAUGGAGGUUGUGUCAUCCAGCAACAAGCCCGUGCUGGCCUGGGAGAUUGACACCUCUGAUUUUGAUGCAGUUUUAACCCGAAAAUCCAGAACAAGUAAUUUAAAGAAAUUAAACUCAAAGAAAAUGAAAUCCUCAGACAGGCCCAGCAGAAAUCUGCAAGAUCUCUCACCUCAAGCCUCUGUGGAGGAGAUGAAACAGAGAAAAGUCUUGGACCUCCGUAGAUGGUACUGCAUCAGCCGUCCACAGUAUAAAACUUCAUGUGGAAUCUCUUCACUUAUCUCUUGCUGGAACUUUCUGUACAGCACUUUAGGAGCAGGCAGCCUCCCACCCAUUUCUCAAGAAGAAGCCCUCCACGUACUUGGUUUCCAGCCUCCGUUUGAAGAUAUCAAGUUUGGACCGUUCACCGGCAAUGCCACUUUGAUGCGAUGGUUUAGACAAAUCAAUGAUCAUUUUCGUGUCCGAGGAUGCUCUUAUAUUCUGUACAAACCUCAUGGAAAGCACAAGACAGCAGGAGAGUCAGCCGAGGGGGCUUUGCUGAAGCUGACCCAGGGACUCAAAGAUGAAUCUAUGGCCUACAUUUACCACUGCCAAAAUCACUACUUCUGUCCUGUGGGCUAUGAAGCUACACCACUAAAAGCAGCCAAAGCAUACAGGGGGCCAUUGCCUCUUAAUGAGAUGGAGCACUGGAUUCUCAUUGGCGAACCAAGCAGAAAACACCCUGCAAUCCACUGUAAAAAGUGGGCUGACAUUGUGACAGAUCUGAACACUCAGAACCCAGAAUAUUUUGACAUUCGCCAUAUAGAGAGAGGCAUUCAGUAUCGUAAAACCAAGAAGGUAGGGGGCAAUCUGCAUUGCAUCAUGGCCUUCCAGAGAGUGAACUGGCAAAAGCUGGGACCAUGGGCACUGAAUCUGGAAAACCUGAGGCAUGAUCUCCACCAUCAGGCUUCAGAACACAGAGGUCAAGCAGAAUCAGAGGACAGUUCUGAAGAGAGAGCAGUGAAACGCCUGGGCCGUUCCAUCAGUACUGGGAUCCAGAAGUCAGAAAAUGCCUGGAAGCGUUUGUCCAACACACCUGAGUACAGGCACAGAGGCUCUCCAGACAGUGACUUAGAUGAAGACAUAACUGACUAAAUCUGAAGAUGUCCAACCCUCCUGAUGAAGAGCUAAUUGGGUUUUCUGUCAUUUUAAAUAAACAUAUGUAAGCAUAAUUAGAUAUGUUACAUUAGACUGCACUGCAGGCAAAAUGUGAUGUGGUGUAGUGGUUGACUACUGGCUUGAUCCCCAUAAGCCAUUGUGCACUUGAGCAAGGCACUUAACACCAGGUUGUUAAAGGUUAAAGGUGCCAUUGUAGGUCAGCAUCAAGAAAAAGUCUUUGAAACAAAUUCUGUCUGCCCAAGUCUUGUGGCGAUAAAGGUUGAUUUUUAUUCUAUUCAAUCCAAAAAUACUAACCAAUGACUCUUCAAGAAUAGAUUAAGUCACUUCGAUUGGUCAAAAUGCUGCUUUGGAAAACAUAUUGUGGAUAAAAGGAUCAACAAGUAAAUUGUGCAAUGGACCCUUGUCACAUUUCUGGGUUUGGAAUGCAGAAAUAAAAUUUACUAUUACCCCCUCAGCAGCUCUAUUUGAAACCCCACCACAGCAGUGCUGAGUAGAUUUUUUUAUUUUAUUAAUGCCAGGGUAAUAUAACACAAAGAAUAAUGUUAUAAAUUGACAUUAAAUAUUUAAAAACUUAAAAAUAUAAAAAGUAUACUAGAUUUGCUCUGCUAAUUAAAGCGGAAAUGCUUCAUCACAAUUUUUGAAAAGUGCCCAAUAAAGGUUGCUGUAAUCGAUUUUUUCAUGGAAAGGUAUGCACUUUUUUAAAAUUAUUAAUUUAAUUAUUUUUUAAAAAAGUGUCUGUGACCAGUCUCUGUGACUGCUCUGGACUCUGUAAACAGCAAACAAAAAUGUGUCCAUGGGCUCUGACACUUUCUACCUAUCUGACCAUUUUGCAUGUUCUCAAAGUAUUGUAGUUGCAGCGAAUUAUUGAGGCUUAAUGCCAUUUUUAUGUUAUGUUGUUUAUAACAGCUGUCAGUUGGCACUAAUUUGCUGCUGUUGUUUUUGAGAACUGUUUCUGCUCAAUGUCAGUCUCAAUAAAGCUCAUUUGUUAUCUUUGAAGUGCUGGGUUUUGGAAAGAGGGGGCGUGGCUAAUCCAACGGUUUAGCUCGUGGAAAUUCUAGAAUGGCUAAAAUCACUUAUAGCACCACUAACUGCACCAAGAUCAUAAAGUGAAUAUUUCAAUACAUUUCAGUCAUAUGCUUCUUGGUGAACUUACUAGAUAAUUGGACCACAAUAUGGCCUGUUGAAUGAAUGGAUGAUUUAUAUGAAGUGCAUACAGAACACUUGUAACACUGUUAUUUAUCAAUAUAGCUUCUAUUAUUGUAUGAAUAAAAAUGGCUUAGUUACAAGUUACAAAUUAGUACAAAGUCAUGAAGUCAUGAAACAGAACCAACUAAGUCAAAGUUUUCAGAGCAGAGGAUAUCAGGUGAGCAUUUAAACAUUUCAUUUCAGGCAGCUGGAUUAUAUUCAGGUUAUAGUGAAGUGACCAAUGCUUUCUUAUUGUUAAUAGUAAGGAUUACAAAUUUUUUAUGAAAUGCUGUAAGCUAAAACUGCAUGACUGCUUCCAUGUUAUGUGCAUUACAAUUUGUGUUCUACCUUUAACACAGCAACAUCCAAUGUAUGAAGUUCCAUGUCUAAUCAUUACAAAUCCCAUACUUGUGAGUCUACUGUGUUUGGAUUUUUAUUUAUGAAUAAAACAUUUAUACACCUUCUUA